UAACAACUUGGGGAGGCAGUAGUAUUUAUUUUAACUCAAGAGUAAGAGAGAGAGAUAAAGGGGUUUGAGUUGUAGGUUUCUGUUACAAACACUUUUGCCAUUUUCAAUUGCUUUCUUCUCCUUCAUUUCUCUCUCUAUAUAUACUUUCUCUCUCUACAAAAUUAAGCUUAAAAUUUGGGCAUGGCUAACAAGUUUUCUUGUUAGCUUGUUACUACUCAAGUAUCUCCAACAUUCUCUUUGAUUUGGAUAAUUUAUUUCAGUAUUGUUCGUCUUCUUUCUUAAUUUCAAAUGGGUAUGAGCGCGUUUCCGGACUUAACCUCGCUGUCGCUAACGAAAACCGCCUCAUUCGGUGCAAUGCCGGCCGCCGCCUCCGAAGAGCGGCCGCAGAACAGGGGUUUCCCCUUUCUUGGUAGUUUUACCAGUAGACAACAAGAAGUAAUUGAGGGGAAAGUGUGUGAUUUUGUUGAAAAACAUGGGGUUUCGGUUUCGGUUUCUAAUAUGGAUCUCAAUUCCAAUGCAAGUUGUAAAGAUGAAAACUUUUAUGAAAAUAAUAACAAUAAUGAUAAUAGUAAUAAAGUGGGUGGUUCUAAAGAAAGUAAGGCUUGUGCAAGAGGACAUUGGCGACCUGCUGAAGAUAGUAAGCUCAAAGAACUUGUUGCUAUUUAUGGCCCUCAGAAUUGGAACCUCAUUGCUGAGAAAUUACAAGGAAGAUCAGGUAAAAGUUGCAGGUUAAGGUGGUUCAACCAACUAGACCCAAGGAUAAACAGGAGAGCAUUUACAGAAGAAGAGGAGGAAAGAUUAAUGCAAGCACAUAGAGUGUACGGAAACAAAUGGGCAAUGAUAGCACGACUAUUUCCUGGAAGAACUGAUAAUGCUGUUAAAAAUCAUUGGCAUGUUAUCAUGGCUAGGAAGUAUCGAGAACAAUCUAGUGCUUAUAGACGUCGCCGUAAUCUUAUGGCUCAUCAUCAACAAUAUCAACAACAUCAACAACAACAACCGUCAUCGUCGUCGAGUUUUCCUCUUAAUAACCAACAUGAUUUUAAUAAUGGGAGGAGAUCGCCGUCGUCGUCGUCAAUGGAAGAUGAUGAACAACCACCAAGCUCGUAUAAUACUUGUUAUAAUGGUGGGAUUAAUAUUAACAACAACAACAACAACCAAUGUUCUUCUUUCCCUAACAAUGGUGGUAGUAAUGGGUUUUGUGGUCAUCCGCAGUCUCCUUUGGAUUUCUUUUCAGGUCCAAAUAACAAUAACAUGGUGAGCAUGUUCAGUCAAAGCAGCUGUUUGGAUAGGCCAAUACAAAUGCAAAUCCAACAACAAGAGUCGUACUAUUACUACUACUACAACAACAAUAACUCUUCUUCUCUAAUUUCACUGCCCCAAACAGACCCUUAUUCUCUCUCCUCCUCACAAUCCCCUUCAUUUCAAGCAGCAAGAUCAGAUGAUAAUCCCAAUUCAUCUUCACCACCUUUCAUAGAUUUCCUUGGUGUUGGAGCUACUUAGUUUUUAUUUUAAUUAAAUAUAUGUUAACCCUUAAUUUAAUUAUUCCUAAAAACGUGUAGAAAUUAGUUAGUGAUCAUUCGGGUUUUAAGUUCUUCGAAAAACAUCUGAUAAAAUUGGGACGAUUGAUACCGAGAGAUUUGAUUGGAUCAUGAAGGUGGUCAUGAAUUGUGGUGUGUGUUUUUUAGAUGAACUGAAAAUUUACCAUAAAUGGUAAAAAAAAAGAAGUGGGAGUGAUUCCUUGUAUCAGUUAAAUAUGACAGUUUUUUUUUUUAUAAUGAUAUGAUAUGUCAUGAUGGAAUUUCGUUAAUUUAAAUUAAAAAUGAGUAAUAAAAAGUGUGCGGACCACUAGUGGGUUUGAAGUGAUAUUGGGAAAAAGAAGCAAUCGUUGUCUGUGUUUUGUUGUUCUACAA